AUGAACGCACUGUUUCUUCGGGUCCUUCUGGGCCUUCUUGCUUUUGGCAGCUGCAUUACCGCCGGGCCUGUGGCCACGCCAUCCCUAAAGCCACUCUCGCUGAGAACCAACACAACCGACAACUCCGCAGGCCUCUUCUGCGGAAUCUUCAACACGGCGAACACGCAGGACACAGACGAUAAUAUAUCCUGGUUGAAGAACAACGUCGGCACCUGCUUCACGCCCGCCCAGACAUGUCGGCGGCAUUCUUGCAUCAACACAAGUGGAGUCUACGUCUGCAAUGACAACAACCACGACAUCACCCUCUCGUGUGCCAAUGACGUCGUCCCUCGCCUCGACGAUGUUAUCGUGCACUGCUGCAAUGGCGCCAAGAGCGGCAUAUCUGGCCAGAAGUUCAGCGAUGACGGCACCUGGAAUGCCAUAAUUGCUUACGGGAAUUGCAACCACAACUGGGAUGCCGAUCGCCCGUCCAUGGGACCACCCGAUGACAUAUGGGGCCCCAACGGUGCUUGCAACAAGAUAGCUGUGACUGGUGUAGGAAGUGGCGUUCCGUGA